AUGUUUAGCUCAUUGAAUAGAAGUGAUACUUACGAUACAUUGAGAUGGUAUUGCAAUUCAAAAGGUGACCUGGGUCAAUUGGGGGCGCUAUUGAACGACAAAGCGAGCGAUGCCAAAAAAGUAAGGGACAGCGCUAUUGUCACGUUAGAGAGUUUGGACACAAGCCGUAUUUUAAGAUUAUACGCGACUAAAGUGCAGACCAUGUUUGACGACACUCUGGGACGCGAUAGUAUCCGCCGAGUGCUCGGCCUCUACCGAGAAAUCGCCACUUUUGCCGAAAAUACGGGCAAAGCUAAGGACAGUGGGAAGUGUGAGUUCAUCGCCGCCCCCGCAGACAAUGUCAAGUAUUUAUCGUUUUUAUUGCCGGUCUAUAAAACAAUCGAUCGCUUUCUUAAAUAUUCGGAGAGUGAUGACGAAAAAUACGACAAAGUGACUAGUAAAUUUUUUGGCUUAGGAAAUGGUAAGCCAUACCCGGAAACCGAUGAGUCGGCACAACAACUAUGUAAUAGUCCGGCGGCCAAUGUAGAACAAGGAGAUGUCGGAACUGUAUUUAGAUAUUACGCCAGUUUUGGCUCUAAGGCUCAGCCAAUGUUUCAUGCAUUGAAUACAACCGAUACUUACACUAGAAUGAGAUGGUUUUGUAUAGCCAAAGACCAGGAUAAAUUGGGUCAGACAUUGAACGCCAAAUUAAGCGAGGCCCAAAAGUUGAGGGACACCGCUAUCGCCACUUUAGAGAGUUUGGACACAAACCGGUCAACGAUUGCCGAUGCGUUAUGUAUUGUGAAUUUAUAUGAGACUCAAACUGAGGCUUUAUUUGACGGCACUUUGGCGCGCGAUAGUGUUGGAAUAGUUGGUGAUAUAUACCGGGAUAUAAUCAAAUGUGCUGAAAAUAUGACCAAGCUGAAAGCCAGCCAACAAUGCGAAUUGAUUGCCGACUCCGCAGACAAUUCAAAGUAUAUGUCGUUUUUGACGCCAAUAUUUAAAACAUUGAGUCGUUUCCUAAAAAGCAAUCAUAUCGGACAACUGAACUGCAAUGUAAACCAAAGUCAAAACUUGCAACUCAUAGACGACUGUCUGGCCAUAACAGCCGUUCGGCAAACGGAACAACAUUUCGAUAAAGAGUACACUUCGGCCAAAAUCAAGACUAAAAUCGGCUGGACUUUCGGUCGCUUCGAGAUUAGGGCCGCUCUGCCGAAGGGAAAAAUGCUGCGCCCGGCCAUCGUUAUGGAGCCCCUGAUGCCCGCCCAGUGGGCACUCGGGGGUCAGAUCGAUGUUAUGGCCAAUAAUCAGUUGCAAAUACUGUAUAACGGAGUCCACUUUAGUACUCCACCUAUAUAUAAACCGGAUAAUAGUGAGUACAUCACUACCGCUCGUCUCAAUGACUUUCAUACAUACGCUGUUGAGUGGACUAAAUCGGGUAUUGACUGGUAUUUCGACGGCCAUAAACACCAUUCGUUUAAUUUGACUCAUGUAUUAUCGGCACAAUACACACGCAAUGGACAGCCAUUCGUUGAAAAACCUUUUAGAAUCGUUAUAAACCUGGGAGUGGGCGGAGUGUUCUUUCCAAGACAUAACCUCAGUCUCGAUGAUGUGUACGGUUGGGAAUGUCCGGCGCUUAUCAUCGAUUACGUUAGGGUAUAUCAAACGGAUAGCGAUGACAGAGUUGUUAUACUAAAUAGCGUUCGCGCGGAUCGCGAGUCAAGCGCCGGGAUAUGCGCCAGAGUUAGGUCUACCGUACGAGCGGCCAAACCGUGGAGUUUAAGUAUCGCAACAAUUAUAGCGAUUUGC